GAUAAUAAGUUUCUUGUAUUUUUUCUUUUGAGGAUGUAGUUGAAUUUAUAUUUCAUAUGAAUUUACUAAAAUCUUUGUUUAUGGUGCAUAUAAUUGUGGUUUGCUUCAUAAUUGACAGGUUCAACAUAAUAUGAAUGUCGAGAGAAAACGCAAAAUGUGUAUUGCAAUAGCGUACACAAUGUCUCUAAUAAUUACAUAUUAUUAUAAGUACAUUUACAAGGAACCUUGCAUGACUUCAAUUUUAACGGGGGAGAUGUGGAUGAAAGAAGUGAUAAAUGGUCACCCUAUUCGAUGUGUCAAUGCAUUUAGGAUGGAGCCUCAAUUAUUUUUGAGAUUAUGUAAGGACUUAUCAUUAAAUUAUGGGUUGAAAGCUAGUAAUAACAUGUCUAUUUUCGAGAAAGUCGGCAUAUUUUUGUACGCAAUUGCUCAAGGUGCCUCAAAUAGAGUUCUUGGUGAGCGUUUUCAACGUUCUGGUGAUUCUAUUAGUAGAGCAAUUCAUGAAGUUCUUAAUUCAAUUUCUUGUCGAAAGGUGAAGAGUCUUGCACAUGAUAUUAUAAAGCCUUAUGAUCCCGAUUUCACAAGUGUGCCUGCAAAAAUAGCUCAAGAUAAAAGAUAUAUGCCAUUUUUUAAGGAUUGUAUUGGAUGUAUAGAUGGUACACAUAUAACAGCAUGUAUACCUGAGGAUCAACAAAUGCCUUAUAGAGGAAGGAAAGGAAUUCCUACAUUUAAUGUAAUGGUUGUAUGUGAUUUUGAUAUGUGUUUUACAUUUGUAUCGGCGGGUUGGGAAGGUUCAGCACAUGAUACUCGGGUUUUUCUUCAUGCGAUUGAAACUCCAGAAUUAAAUUUUCCUAAGCCACCUGAAGGUAAGUACUGCUUGGCUGAUAAAGGGUAUCCAGAUCGAAAGGGUUAUUUGGUACCAUAUCCCAAAACAAGGUACCAUCUAGAACAAUUUAAACACACACCUCCACGAGAUGAUCGAGAAACUUUAAUCGCUGGCACUCAUCUCUUCGAAGUUGCAUUGAGAGAUGUUUUGGAGUCCUGA